AUGGCAAAGAGAAAGAAAAUUUCUGCAAGACAGCGAUUACUAGCUGAUAAGUUAAGGAAGAGAGAAAAGAGGCAAAAGGCUGCAAAAGUUCUGCCAAGUGAAGUCUCAGCUUCAACGUUUCAAGAAUCUGCUGUUCCUUGCGGGACAGCGGAUGGAGCUGACUCAGCUCCUCCCGGUAACUUUCCGGGGCAAGGCUCUAUAGGGUUGCCUCCUGUUGAGGGAAAACCCUUGGCCAGGGUGCAGGCCUCUCUUUGUGAGAAAAUGCACCUAAAUGCCCCGAGGUUGCCAUCUCCUCGGGGAAGUCGUCUGUUUGUCCGCAACGAGGACAAGGCACCGUCCCCUGACUCCCCAGCGUGGGUUUGUGCUCCACCGAGGGCACCUGGAUUGGGCAUAGUGCAUAUGUCUGGUCCAGCAGGUCAGACGCAGCUGGAUACCUCCAGGGAGGAGGAGACCAGUAGGAUACAAAAAGAUGAGGAAGACCUGAAGGACAUUAAAAAAGAAUCUCAAAGUAACACAAAUGGAAUAUUGAAUGAAAAAUCUGAUACUGUAGAAAAUAUGAUGGAAUGUAAAUACAGUAGGGAGAUUAAAGAAAAUGUGACAAAGUUAAGAAUUGAAAUUGAUUGUGUAGAUAAUGUGAAAGAGAGAAAUGUAGAAGAGACUGACAGAAGUAUGAGUGAGGAAGGAUAUGAUUAUAGUCAGAAUAUUAAAGAUUUGAAUGAGGAAAAUUAUCAAAAAGAAAGUAUUAGUAUGCAGAAUAGUGAUGAUGAGGGAAAUUCACACUGGAAAGCUGGGACUUUGAAUUCAGUCUCGAUUCAGGGUUCUUUUCAUCAAGCUGAUCCAUUGUUUGGCGAUAAUGCAGGAACACAAUGUGUAGCAAAUUGUUUAGCAGGUUUAGCUUACAAUGUUCUGAAGAGUGCAGCUAUUUGGCAAACAAAUGAUAUGAACAAAAUUUUGGUGACUGGAGAUGAAUUAUACACAUACCUGCAGCAUUGUUCCUCAAUUACUAGUAGGUUUUUGUUAGUGGAAGAGUUACCUCAUUUUUUUGAAUGCUUUAACGAAACAUUUGACUUCACAGUGAAAGUUCUGGUCCCUAGUUUAAUCAGCUUAUCAGAGGAAGAACCAUGUUAUGGAGAUUUCAAUGCUUAUCCCCUUUUUGAAGCUUUGCAAAUGGCACUUACUGAGACAAAUGGAUGUUUUGCGUGUUUUGGGGGAAAUACCCUUUUAAUAGGGAAAACAAAUGAUGGCUUUUUUAUUUUUGAUUCACAUGCCAGAUGCUCCCGAGGAUAUCUUAGUGUCAGGGGGAAGAGUACAAGACUAAUUUUAAAGAAUGUUCAUGAUGUAUAUUUGCAUCUUAGGUUAUUGGCUGUUUCUAUGGGGUUUUCAAGGACUGUAGAAUGUGAAUUAACUGGAGUAUUAUGUUCAAUAAAGCAUUUUGUUGUUGCAGAAGUCUAUGAUGAAGCAAUUAAAUGUUCAAACCAAGGUGUUAAUUUUUCAAGUCAGUCAGAGGUCAAAGAAACUCGGAGUUAUUCAGGAGCAUUUGAUGGUUCAAAACAAGGUGGCAUAAUAUCAGAUCAAUCAGAUAUGAUAGAGCCAAAUGAAGUAAUUAUCAUUGGGGAAGAAGUAAAAAAACAUGAUUUUAUCCCAUUGUCUAUACAGAAACAAAGGGAAUUAUGCAAACAGUUGGGAUUGCCAUAUUCUAUUCCUGAAUGGGAACAAGAGUCGGUGUUCGUAAAAGAUAUUGAUAAACCGAGCCAAUGUAAAGAAAUUGAACAGGAUGGAAAUUGCUUUUUCAGAGCGAUAUCAUUCAGUCUCACAAACUCUGAAAACCAUCACCAACAUGUUCGUGAAGCUGUUUGUCAACAUUUGCUGCAACAUGAAACAAAAUUUCAGCAGUAUAUGAGAUCAGAGGGAUCAUUAAGGCAAUACUUACUUUCCAGUAAAAUGACAAAAGAAGGUACUUGGGCCACUGAAUUGGAGAUUUCUGCCAUGUCAGAUAUGUUGAGUGCAGACAUUUUCACCUAUUCAGAUAUGAAAUGGCUUCAGUUCAGCAGGGAAAGGCCUUUCCAUGAAUUACUUGAACAGGAGGGAGCUAUUUAUUUAUAUCACAGACAUCAGAACCAUUAUGAUGUUGUUUUAAAUGUGUCAGCAAGGAUGACUGAAAAGGAAUCUGUCAUUCAAAAAUGGUCUUGUAAGAGAGAGUAUACACUACGGAAAAGUAAUCGAUUACGAAUGAAAACAAAACGAAGAACUUCAGAAUCGAAAGUGGCAUUAGACUUUAAGGAAAGUCGUAAGAACGCAUAUAGGAAAAAGUACAGGGAAAAUGAAGUGUUUCGCUCCAAAUUGUUAGAACAAAAAAAGAGCAUGUACUGUGAUGCAGAGUUUAAGAUGAAAGCACAGCUGAAGAACAAAGAACGAUAUCACAAUAACAUAGCUUAUCGGUCUAAACUGAUCAAACAAGGUGUUCAGAAAUAUGCAUUAGACUUAGAGCACAGGAAAGAAGUUCAAUCAACAAGUAGGAAGAGAAGUAAAGUGAAGUACUCGACAGACUUGAAUCAUAGAAAGGAAAAAAAGGAGAAGAGUGUUAAAAAAUAUAAGAUGGAUGCUCAGCACAGAGAACAGAUGAAAGAAAAGAGCAAAGAAAAGUACAGGACAGAUUAUGAGCAUCAGGAAAUGGUAAAGAAAACAAGCACUGAAAAGUAUAAGACAGACAUGGAGCAUCGGAGAAACGUGAAAAAAGCAAGUACUGAGAAAUACAAGACAAACUUGGAGCAUCAGAGAAACGUGAAAAAAGCAAGCACUGAGAAAUACAAGACAAACUUGGAGCAUCAGAGAAAUGUGAAAAAAGCAAGUACUAAGAAGUACAGGACUGACUUGGAACAUCGAGAAAAAUUAAAGAAAGCAAGUACUGAGAAAUACAGGACAGACUUUGAACAUCAGGAAAGGGUGAAGAGGAGAAGUAAUGACAAGUAUAGGACAGACUUGGAACAUAAGGCUAUUGUGAAAGAGAGGGUAUUGAAAAAAUACAAAGAAGAUGAAACUUACAGAAUGAAAAACAAAGCUGCUAAUGUUCAUAGAUAUAGUACAAAUGAAACUUUUAAAGCAGAUGUGCAACAAAGAGCAGCAAGGAGAUAUCAAACUGAUACUGAAGUUAAGUCCAACAUGAAGGAACGUAGUAGAACUAAGUACCAGCUAUCAGAGGAAGUAAGGAAUAAAAAAAAGGAGGAAGUUACACAAAACAGGAAGCUGAAGAAAUUGAACUUAGAAAAGGAAGGGGAAGUUAUUAGAUCGUUUAAGAGAAAAGCUAUGGAGGGUCCAAGUUAUGCUUGCACUUGUUGCCAUAGACUUUUGUUUAGCAAACAAGUUCUAGCUUGUGAAUAUCAGAUGUAUCAAAAAAGUGAAUCAGCAAAGUGUAUUUCUGACAUUUGUUUGUUAGACAAGUAUUUGCAUGAAUGUUCUGAGUCUUGCCCGGAAUCAUGUACCAAAUCAUCAUUAUGGAUUUGUUACACUUGUCACAGGAAAAUAAUGAGUGGCAAAGCACCAGCUGAAGCAGCAGUCAACAGUAUGAUUCUCGAGGAUAUUCCACCUGAAUUGACAAAAUUGAACAGUUUAGAACAGCAUUUGAUUGCAAUUCACGUACCAUUCAUGAAAGUUAUGGCUCUUCCUCAUGGUGAGCAGAAAAAUAUACAUGGACCUGUUAUAUGUGUGCCAUCAGAUAUGAGAAAGGCUGCCAGUUUACCAAUGCAUCAGGAUGAAAACUUGUUGUUGCGUGUUAAGUUAAAAAGGAAAUUGAGUUACAAAGGGUACUUUGAAUAUCAGUUUGUUAAUACAAACAAUGUCAUGUCAGCCUUAUCAUAUCUUAAAGAGAACAAUCAUUGGUACAAGGAUGUGAAAAUUGAAUCAACUUUGGAAGAAGGUCUAAAGAGUCAUGAAGAAAUGCAAGAUGAUGUAGUUAAUACAAAAGAUAAUGUAGAAGUUGCAGAGGAAAUGGUAGCAUUUGACACAUGUCUACAACCAAUUGAUGUUGCACAGGAAGUUUUAGACCAUUAUUUUGAUGAUGUGUACAACAUUGCACCAGGCGAAGGAAAGAACCCAGUUCGAAUGUUACAGGAACCUGGCAAUGAAGCAAAGGCUUUUCCUUGUCAUUUCCCAAGUGGUUGUUUUUCCUGGAAUGAAGAAAGGUCAGAAAAAUUAACACUGUCUAGGUAUUUCAACAAUAGGUUAAUGAACGCAGACAACAGGUUUGCAAAGGAUAGCAAUUACAUUUUCUUUAGCCAGUACAUGUCUGAAUUGAAUCAAGUGAUUGAAAAAACACAAAUUUCAUUCAGAAAAUCUCUAUCAAAAUGUACUAGUGGGAAACCAGUAACAUUGAACAUGUUGCAAGAUCCAGUUACUCUUUCUAGUCUGCUGAGGAAUGAUGAUGCUAUAAGAUUUAUGCAACCAAUAAGAGGAACACCUGCGUAUUGGGCAACUACUCAAAAGGACCUUUUUGCAAUGCUGCGACAGUUAGGAAUUCCAACUUGGUUUUGUUCGUUUUCUGCAGCAGAAUAUAGAUGGAAUGAUGCUGUUAAAGUCAUAUUACGACAACAAAACAAUGACAGAAACCCAGAUCAAAUGGAAUGGUCAGAAAAGAAUGAUGUUUUAAGGUCAAAUCCGGUUACAGUAGCUAGAAUGUUUGAACAUAGAUUUCAAAUAUUUCACAAGGAAGUCAUACUUUCCCCAGCUGAACCAAUAGGAAAGGUAGUAGACUUUUUUCAAAGGGUAGAGUUUCAGCAGAGGGGAUCCCCCCACAUGCAUUGUUUAUAUUGGGUUGAAAAUGCACCGAAUAUUGAUUCAGAUGGAGAGGAAGCUGUAUGCAACUUCAUUGACAGAUAUGUGACAUGUGCUGUACCAUCAGAAAGUGAUGACGCAGAAUUGAGAAAAAGCGUCUUAGAAGUACAACAACACAGUAAGAAACAUUCAAAAUCUUGUAAAAAGAAGGGUACAGAAUGUAGGUUUAAUUUCCCUAGGCCUCCAUCUCAAAAGACUUUCAUAACAAGUGUCCAAGAGGAAGAUAACUCAGAUGACUGUAGAAUAGAUUCUGAAACAAAAGUAAACAAGGCAUAUGCGAAGGACAUAUUAGUUAGUGUUUGGGAUAAAAUACAGAAUGAAGAUGAAGGAAUCCUAACAACAGAGAAGUUAUUUGAUGAACUGUCACUAACUCAGGAACUGUAUGAAGAAGCCCAUAACAUGUUAUCAUCAAAAAGAUCAAUAAUUCUUGAACGCUGCCCAAAUGAAGUGUGGACCAACCAAUAUAACAGUUGCCUGUUAAAAUCCUGGGAUGCUAAUAUGGACAUACAGUUUGUAUUGGAUCCAUUCAGUUGUAUUGUUUAUAUUGUUUCCUAUAUAUCAAAGUCAGAAAGGGAAAUGGGCAUGUUACUUAAACAAACAAAAUUGGAGGCUGAAGAAGGAAAUUAUGAUGCCAGACAGACAAUGAAGAAAAUUGGUUCAGCUUACUUGCAUCACAGAGAAGUAAGUGCUCAGGAAGCUGUGUACAGAGUGUGUAACUUAAAGAUGAAGGAAUGUUCUAGGAAAGUUGUUUUUGUGCCCGUUGGCGAUAACCCAGUGCGCUUAAGUAAGCCUCUGUCAUUGUUGAAGAAGAAAUCUUCAAAGGAUGUAGAGAUGACUGAUGAGGAAGAUGAUGACGAGGAUGAAGUUUGGAUGACCAACAUUAUAGAACGUUAUAUGAACCGACCAAAUAAGACGAUUUUCCAUGAAAUGUGCCUUGCAGAUUUCUGUUCUGAAUUCAGAGUGCUGGCUAAAUCUCAAGUUCCCAAAAAGGAAAAUCAAAAUGUGUUUGAAUUACAGAAUGGGAAGGGUUACGUGCAACGAAGAACAAGAACACAAUAUGCUGUUGUAAGAUAUCCUAGGUUCAAUGUGGAAAAAAUGAAACGUAAACAAUCGGUGAAGUCAGUUGUAGAUUUGAAUCAUUCAAAGUAUGCAAAAAAUGAAGAUGUAAUUGACAAUGCCCAGGAAGCAUAUGAAAUAAAUGGUGAACCAGAAGAUGCAUGGUCACGCAUAUGUCCAGAAACAGAGGUUCUCAGAAGGGAAGGUGUAGCACUCAGAAAAGACAACACAGUACCACAGGAUAGUGUAGAUAUUAUACCAGAUAUUGAGAGUGACAAACAUAAUGCAGAUGUCAUGUAUCAUGUUCAACAAAACGUGAUUUCUAGAGAAGAAAUGAUACCUGUUCUUCAGAAUUUGAAUGAAACACAGAGGGAAAUAUUUUACAUGGUGCGUGAUUGGUGUUUAGCAAAGAUUACAGGGGAGAAAUGUGAACCCUUACAUUUUUUUGUAACUGGAGGUGCAGGGACUGGUAAAAGUCAUCUCAUUAAAGCUAUUCAUUAUGAAGCAUCGCGUUUGCUUUCAAGAAUUAUGUCUGACACGGAAAGGAUAUCAGUGCUUCUCGCAGCAUUCACAGGAACGGCAGCUUUCAACAUUGGUGGAAAUACACUACACCACUUGUUUUCAUUAACAAAGUAUCUUCCAUUGCCUUAUGAACCACUUGGAGAACAAAGUCUCAGUGAAUUGAGAGUGAAAAUAGGAGAUCUGCAGAUUCUUAUCAUUGACGAAAUAUCAAUGGUGUACAAAAAACUACUGUACUACAUACAUGAAAGAUUAGUACAGAUUAAGAAAUGCAGAGAACCAUUUGGUGGAGUCUGUGUUAUUGCUGUUGGAGAUUUUUAUCAGCUUCCUCCAGUUAAGCAGCGAAAAGAUGAAAGGCUUUACAAAGAAAAUAUGAAAUAUCCUCUGGACUAUUGGCUUGACUUAUUUAAGGUUAUUGAGUUAAAAGGGAUUAUGAGACAAAGAGAUGAUUUGUCUUUUGCUGAGGUUCUGAAUUCCCUUCGUGUAAGAGAGAGAGAUCAACCAUUGACACAGGAGCAAACUACUAUGUUAGAAGACUGCAUCAGGGAAGGACCAGAAGAUGUUCUUCAUGUGUUUUCUACCAAUGAAGAGGUAAACACAUUCAAUCUCACAAUGUUAAAGAGAUCUUGUGAAGAUUUAUUAGAAAUCAAUGCUCAAGAUUAUAAGAAGGACAAAACAUCUGGUAAAUUGAUCCUGAAAAACAGACCUAUUACAAAAUCAAGAAAUGAUGGACUUCCAAGCAGCGUGAUCUUGUCUAUCAGAGCAAGAGUGAUGCUCACAAGAAAUUGUAAUGUAGAAGAUGGACUUGUGAAUGGAGUAAUGGGGUAUAUCUGUCAGUUUGUUUUUGAAGACAACAAUAAUAGAAUUGUUAGAGCUGUAGGAGUUGUUUUUGAUAAUAUGGAAGUUGGAAAGAAGUCAGGUCAAAAAAACUAA